GAGUGGGCUGGUCAUGGUCGAUUUAUUAGGGUGAUGCCAAAUACUCCUGCUGCUGUUGGUGAGGCGGCAUCAGUUAUGAGCUUAGGGGAAACUGCAACAAAAGAAGAUGAAGAACUAGUUGCUACCCUGUUUGGAGCAAUUGGCAAGAUAUGGACAGCCAAUGAGAAAUUGUUUGAUGCAGUCACUGGCUUGAGUGGUAGUGGCCCAGCAUACAUAUUUCUAGCAAUAGAUGCUAUGGCUGAUGGAGGAGUAGCUGCUGGUCUACCACGCGAUCUGGCACGGGGUCUAGCUUCUCAGACAGUUCUGGGAGCAGCAUCUAUGGCUAUCAAGACAGGGAAGCAUCCAGGUCAGCUAAAAGAUGAUGUUGCAUCACCUGGGGGUACCACCAUUGCUGGAAUUCAUGAGUUGGAGAAGGGUGGCUUUCGUGGGAUCUUGAUGAAUGCCAUUGUGGCUGCUGCAAAACGUGGCAAAGAACUCUCUCAGAACUAAUGUUGUUUUUUGAAGUGUGGAUCAUCCUUUUUUGACUGAUAAAACGAUAUAUUCACCUGUCAGCCAAAGGAUCUGGAAGCUUGUUUCCUCUGACAUUAGAUUUUACAGCAACAAGUAACCGGCAACUUCAUUGUGCUUAGUCAUCUCUUUCUUGGUAUGGACCGAGUCUGAUAUCACAUUGCAGCUUCACAAGAAACUAGACUCAGAGUGUAGCUUCUCCGCAAGUGAUCCUUCCCUACUGCCAUGCAGCAAAAGCAUGCUGCACAACUUAUUUCCGUCUCCCACAAGUUUUUUGUUCUCCAAGCAAGUUAUCAUCCACAAACGUAUAACAAACCGGGAAUGGGAAAUGAUUUCAUUGAUGAAUAACUAGUCUACAUCUUUGCUAUCGGCACAAAAUUCAUAAUGUGCCCAACUGUCGAUGCCAGAUUGAAACAUGUGAAAACCAGGUAGUCCGAUCUAUUUUAUGGGUUCGGUGUGGCUGUAUAACCAGGGUUUAUGCUUAUAUUAAAAAGAAAAAAAGGAGUAAUUUACAUCC